GGUAGAUGAGUAAACCGACAUUAACCUGAGUGACGUAUGCUUCUCUCUCUCCUUUUCGAGAUCAUCUUCUACGAAGGCCGCAACUUCCAGGGCCGCCACUGGGAGUGCAGCAGCGACUGCACGGACACCUUCAAGCACUUCAACUGCUGCAACUCCAUCCGCGUCAGCGGCGGCGGCCACUGGGUGGCCUACGAGAAGCCUCACCACAUGGGCUACCAGUACGUCCUCGGCCCCGGCGAGUACGCCGACUACCACUGCUGGAUGGGCUACAACAACUGUGUUCGCUCCUGCCAGAUGUACCCCCCCUAUAGGGGAUCCUACAAGAUGAGGAUCUACAACAGGUCUGACAUGAUGGGACACACAAUGGAGUUCAUGGACGACUGCCCCAACCUGUACGACCGCUUCCGCUACCGUGACAUUUACUCCUGCAACAUCAUGGAGGGUUUCUGGAUCUUCUACGAGCACCCCAACUACAGGGGACGCCAGUAUUUCCUGCGCCCCGGAGAGUACAGGGCCUGCAACGACUGGGGCUGCCACAACCCCAUCGUGGGCUCCUUCAGGAGGAUGAGGACUGUCAUACAUCCACCCGUCCCUCACUUGCAGGUUAUCUUUUACGAAGACAAGAACUUCCAGGGCCGUCACUACGAGUGCAGCGGCGACUCCCCUGAGAUGCAAAACCACUUCAGCCGCUGUAACUCCAUCAAAGUGGAGAGCGGAUGCUGGGUGGCCUAUGAGAAGCCCGGUUAUGGCGGCUACCAGUACGUGAUGCACAAGGGCGAGUACCCCGACUACCAACGCUGGGCCGGCUUCAACGACUGCAUCCGCUCCUGCCGCGUGGUGCCGCCUUAUAAUGGGAACUACAAGAUGAAGAUCUUCGAGCGGUCGGACUUUGGGGGUCAGCAUCUGGAGCUGAUGGACGACUGCCCGGAUCUGGACGAGCGCUUCCACACCCGCGACGUCUCCUCCGUCAACGUCAUGGAGGGCUACUGGAUCCUGCAUGAACACCCCCAUUACAGGGGGCGCCAGUUCUUCCUGCGCCCGAGAGAGUACAGGAGGCACAUCGAGUGGGGAAGCAACAGCCCCACCAUCGGCUCUCUGAGACGCAUCACUGAGCUCAAAUGAUUCCCAGCUUCUUCUCCUUUUGUUUUGGUUUUACCCUGCUUGAGGCCCACCGUUAAACAUCCCACCCUCUUGUCCCCUUAACCCUCAUAUUACCUUUGGGGUCAAUUUGACCCCAUUCAAUGUUUAACGUCUCUAAAUAAAUGAUUGACAUCAUUA